AUGCGGCUCGACAUACGCAUUGCGUUCAUCGCGGCCGCGGUAGCUAGCGCUUUUGCAACUUCGACUACUACUACUACUACUACAUCGACGGUGUCGUCGACGGUCACUGUCACUCCGACUGCCUACAACUACCACUACAGCAACCGUGACCACCACAGCAAUCUCAUCAGUGACUUCGACGGUGACGGUGACUCCGACGCCUACAAACAUCGAGGCCGGAAGCUGGACCAAGCUGAGAUCAACCUGUGGGGAGUGGCACUCAGUACUGAAUCCUCAGAUAUAGUGAAAUCUGGCGAUACGUGUAACACGAUCGAUACAAUAUAUGACAUAGCCUUCACCGACUUUCUACGCUGGAACCCCGAGGUGUCGACGUCUUGCGCCAAUCUGCAACCAGCGGCUGCAUACUGCGUCCAAGCCACCCCAGCUUGCACCAAGACCUAUACUGUCGUCAGACUCGUCAGCGGUGAUACAUGCGGGGGGAUCGAGGAGACAUACGGGCUCACUGAUGCCCAACUACGAUUCCAAACGAUUGCGACGAAGACCUCCUCUCCCGUGAUGGGCGUAGAUAAGAAUAGAGUUCAAUCAAAUGACAAAAGUUCUCCAGCUGCAGCGGCUCCGAUGCCUAGGAUCAGUCACUGCAUGAGAUCAGAAUCUGGCUUCAAGGCCGCGUUCCUGACACCCUUCCUGGCAAGAACAAAAUGCUAUAACGGACGUUCGCCGGCUUUGGUGACCAUCAACAAUGAUGACUUUGGGGCAUGGCAAGUGUGGGAUUAG